AUGGCUCGCGGACAUCAGAAAGAACAGGCAAAACAAAAAAACCUCGAGAAGCAACAGAAACUGCAAAAGGCGGGGUCACAACUUGAGGCACAAAAAGUUGGGCUCAAAAUCAGCUGCAAACUCUGUCUGGUAUACACGAUUGCUUUGAUCAUGGUUGUACUAGAAGAAAUAAAUGCUGUAGAUGAUAAUUCUUGGAGUAGAAGCUAUGCAUAUUUCAUUUCACUUAUGGUAUUAAUUAAACUUUGGCUUUCGUAGUUUUCUUUUGCUUUUGGUACAUGUUGACACUGACGCUUGACAUCAUCUCUUCCAUGAUCUCAAACCUGCAGGCACCCAUGACAAACUACAAGUGCUUGCAGCAGCACUACGACGCGAAGCACCCAAAGGAGAAAUGCCCGGGACCGGACGAGGUUUGACACCGAGCGUUGCUUCAUCUUCUCUAUCUUCCUCUCAUCCGUAGUGGUGCUUUGGUGGAAGUUAUUGCUCUUGGGCAUUGCUUGCGGUCUACGUUCCAGUCCACCCAUGGAGGAUGACACCGGGCUCACUACUCAAUUUGGUGCCCACACCUAACCGCUCUAGUGGCUCGUGCGGCUCCGCCUGGUGUGCAGCCACAAGGUAGGUACGACGACGACGACAUGCAGAAGAACAGAACAAGGAGUGCUGCUGCCGCGAUUCCCAUGCCGGCGGGUGCCGCGG